CAAAUUCAUCAGUUGUUGCUGACUUUAUGCCCACAUCCUCAUGGAACAUCUCGAGCGAAUUAGAUAAAGAUUACUUCUUGACGCUGGACGAACCCAUGAACAACAUCACCACGACCCUGGGCCAGACCGCAGAGCUGCACUGCAAGGUGUCUGGCAACCCUCCUCCCACGGUGCGCUGGCUGAAGAACGACGCCCCGGUGGUGCAGGAGCCCCGCAGGAUUUCCUUCCGCGCGACCAGCUACGGCUCUCGGCUGCGGAUCAGGAACCUCGACACGACGGAUACCGGCUACUUCCAGUGCGUUGCGACCAACGGCAGAAAGACCGUUUCCACAACUGGUGUGCUCUUUGUGAAAUUCGGUCCCCCGCCAACAGCAAGCCCAGGAUCAUCGGACGAGUAUGAAGAGGACGGGUUUUGCCAGCCCUACAGAGGCAUCGCCUGCGCAAGGUUCAUCGGCAAUCGAACCAUAUACAUGGAGUCGCUGCACAUGCAAGGGGAAAUUGAAAAUCAGAUCACAGCUGCCUUCACCAUGAUUGGCACCUCCAGCCAUUUGUCGGAUAAGUGCUCCCAGUUUGCCAUUCCCUCGCUGUGCCAUUACGCCUUCCCCUACUGCGACGAGACGUCGGCCGCCCCCAAGCCGCGCGACCUGUGCCGCGACGAGUGUGAGAUCCUGGAGAACGUCCUGUGCCAGACCGAGUAUAUUUUCGCAAGAUCGAAUCCCAUGAUUCUGAUGAGAUUAAAGCUGCCCAACUGCGAGGAUCUUCCCCAGCCAGACAGCCCGGAGGCUGUAAAUUGUAUCCGGAUUGGAAUUCCCAUGGCGGAUCCUAUAAAUAAAAAUCACAAGUGCUACAACAGCACCGGCGUGGACUACCGGGGCACGGUGAGCGUGACGCGCUCGGGGCGGCAGUGCCAGCCGUGGGUGUCGCAGUACCCCCACGCGCACACCUUCACGGCCGUGCGCUACCCCGAGCUCAACGGGGGCCACUCGUACUGCCGCAACCCCGGCGGGCAGAAGGAGGCCCCUUGGUGCUUCACCCUGGACGAGAACUUCAAGUCCGAGCUCUGCGACGUCCCGGCGUGCGAUUCUAAGGACUCCAAGGAAAAGAACAAAAUGGAAAUCCUGUAUAUCCUGGUGCCAAGCGUAACUAUCCCGCUGGCCAUAGCCYUGCUCUUCUUCUUCAUCUGCAUCUGCCGCAAUAACCAGAAGGCGUCCUCGCCGCCCGUGCAGCGGCAGCCCAAGCACGUGCGGGGACAAAACGUGGAGAUGUCCAUGCUCAACGCCUACAAGCCCAAGAGCAAGGCGAAGGAGCUGCCUCUGUCUGCCGUUCGUUUCAUGGAAGAACUGGGUGAGUGCACGUUUGGCAAAAUCUACAAGGGCCACCUCUACCUUCCCGGCAUGGAUCACGCUCAGCUUGUGGCCAUCAAGACGCUGAAGGACUUCAACAACCCGCAGCAGUGGGCCGAGUUCCAGCAGGAAGCAUCGCUCAUGGCCGAGCUCCACCACCCCAACAUCGUUUGCCUCCUCGGCGUGGUGACCCAGGAGCAGCCUGUCUGCAUGCUGUUUGAGUACAUGAACCAAGGGGACCUCCACGAAUUCCUCAUCAUGCGAUCGCCGCAUUCCGACGUGGGCUGUAGCAGCGAUGAGGACGGGACYGUGAAAUCCAGCCUGGACCACGGGGAUUUCCUGCAUAUUGCAGUCCAGAUUGCAGCCGGGAUGGAGUACCUAUCGAGUCAUUUCUUUGUCCAUAAAGAUCUUGCUGCUCGUAACAUUUUAAUUGGGGAACAACUUCACGUGAAAAUUUCAGACCUUGGACUCUCGAGAGAAAUCUACUCCGCAGAUUAUUACAGAGUUCCGAACAAAUCCCUCCUGCCAAUUCGCUGGAUGCCACCGGAGGCCAUUAUGUACGGCAAGUUCUCUUCUGACUCAGAUAUCUGGUCAUUUGGAGUCGUUUUGUGGGAGAUAUUCAGCUUUGGCCUUCAACCGUAUUACGGAUUUAGUAAUCAGGAAGUCAUAGAGAUGAUCAGGAAAAGGCAGCUGCUGCCCUGCUCUGAGGACUGUCCCCCCCGCAUGUACAGCCUGAUGACGGAGUGCUGGCACGACCUGCCGUCGCGGAGGCCGCGCUUUAAGGAAAUCCAUGCCAGGCUGCGCUCCUGGGAGGGCCUUUCCAGCCACACGAGCUCCACGACGCCGUCCGGCGGCAACGCCACCACUCAAACGACGUCGCUCAGCGCCAGUCCGGUCAGCAACCUCAGCAACCCCAGGUACCCCAACUACAUGUUUCCAGCACAGGGAAUGCCACAGGGGCAAAUCGCCGGCUUCAUUGGGCCGCCCAUGCCUCAAAAUCAGCGCUACAUCCCCAUCAACGGCUACCCGAUUCCGCCGGGAUACGCUGCUUUCCCGGCUGCCCACUACCCCGCUCCAGGCCCGCCGCGGGUGAUCCAGCACUGCCCCCCGCCAAAGAGCCGCUCGCCGAGCAGUGCCAGCGGGUCCACCAGCACGGGCCACGUCACCAGUCUGCCGUCGUCAGGAUCCAACCAGGAAGCCAAUAUUCCCUUGCUAUCCCAUAUGUCCAUCCCCAGCCAUCCGGCCGGGAUUGGUAUAACAGUUUUUGGAAACAAAACUCAAAAACCCUACAAAAUUGACUCGAAGCAGCCGUCCCUAUUGGGAGAUGCCAGCAUCCAUGGACCUAACGAAUCUAUGAUUUCAGCUGAAUUGUAAAUAAGUGAGGCCUUUGUAAAUAUAACUAUUUACGAUACAAACCAGAACGUCAUAGAAAAGAUUUAUAUUCAAAUAUUUUAUUAAAGAUCCUUCUGGUUGUUUAACAGACGUUGCAACAAGUAUCUUCUGUGAAGUUUAACUGCUGAACAGGAUGGGCAGACUCAACCAGAAACUCCUUGUGGUAGGAAUGCGCAGCGCUGUGAACAGGCGCGCUCUUUCUUUCRGUAGCACCAACAAUUCAAAAAGGGGGAAGGGGGAUUUUUCUUCUAAUAAAAACAUUUUAUCCUAUGCUUUUUCACAGCUUUCUAGACCUCUGAUGUGGUUUGAAUCACRGAAGCUUUUUAUACUGAAGACGUAUUUUAAUAUUUGUCUCUUUUUUUAGGAGAUGCAAAUAUUCAGAGAUCUACUGGGUGUGCAAUUUCAGUUCCAAUAGCUAGUUAAGAUGUCUGUAAAUUUUGCAGUCACGGAUUAUGUUUCAAAUAUGUGAUCUGAGAGCUGGAUAAAUUGCUUCAGGUAGGAUUUUGGUCUUUCAUUAAGUUGGGAAUCUGAGUGCAGAUUCAGACCAAAGAAGUCAUUUUAUAUUACAGCAUAAUAGCUUGAGUUAUCUUCUUGCAUUCUGCAAAAAUCAUCUACUAUUGUUUGCUAAAGGUAGCUGGAGUUGUAAAGAGAUGCCUUAAAGGAAAUGAAAUUAAAAUAUUUUAAUUUCAGAACCUGAAUCAACUUAGUUAACAUUUCAUAAUUUUUAUGGGUAGCUAAAGCAGAAAUUUUAUAUCCUUUUGUUGCUAUGCAACUGUUUAAUGGAAAGGCUCCAAACCACAAUUUUAUAUAUGACAAUCAGCUUUCCCAGGAAUAUUUAUUGUUGCAGAUCAAUAUAUAAUUUCAGUGAUUAUGACUCCAGUAACCCUGAAAAAAAGGGAAACUCACAUUCCAUAAGGCAGCAAAUUCAUUGAUAGCGAUUUUGGCUAUCAGCUCAAAUAAUGUGAAUUAGUGUUAACUUUAGAAAUGCGACAUUUGUAUUAUUGCUAAAAUUCAUUCAGGUAUAAGCAAUCUAGAUGAUUCAUUUGAAACCACUUUAAUGAUUUACAAAAGUACUGUGU